AUGAAAAUUUAUAGAAAAUCAUCCAUUGCUAAAAAACAACAUCAUUCCAGUGGUAAAGCUGAUAUGCAGUAUUUUCAACCCAAAAUUCAAGAAGAUAUAAAUGAUCCUGUGCCAAAAUUAGCUGCAUUGGUUGGAGUUUCAGGUUGUGGAAAAACAGCCACAAUAUUUGAUGCUGGACAACACAACUUUAUUACUUAUAUUGUUACUCCUCAUCAAAAUAGCCAACCAUUGUAUAGUCAAGACUUUCAUCAGCUCCUUAAUGAUAUCAAUGCAAUUCUCCCACAAGGUACUUCCCAACUUAGCUUCAACACUGAACAUGAUGUAAUUACCUACAUAUUAGAACAACAAGGAUGUGAAAAUUGUAUUAAGCCUUAUAUUAAAGCCUUUUUGAUUGCCAGAAAGUUCACAUGGUCAAUACUUGAAGAUUCAAAGUUUGGUCAUUUUUUUCACACUGUCUAUGAAGCAAUUAAAGAAAUUACAGAUUAUGAUGAUGUUAAUCUUUUGGACACAUAUUAUCGUAAAUUGGAAGCUCAUUUUGAAAAAAUAACAAAUGAUACAACAAGGUUUACCAUUGCAAUUGACGAAUGUCAUUGUUUGCAGAGAUAUUUUUGUAGGAUCUUUCUUCCAAAAUCAACACAACAAAAACAAGAGUUUGAAUGUCAUUCAACACUUGAGCAAAAGUUAGUUCUUCCUAUUAUGUUAUGGUCAAUGCUAAUGUCAUCUGUUUACAGUAGUUGUUAUGGGUACCAACAUGGAACUCAGAGAUCUUAG